ACAACGUUAAAAAUGAAAUUGUUGAUAUCCGACAACGUAAUAAAAAAGCAAAAAAAGAACCUAAUGUUGGAAAUUUUGGUAAACAUGAAUGGUUAAAUCAAAAAAUUCCAAAGAGCCAAAGAGAACAGACAACUCAACUUCGUAUCUACAGAUAUUGUCGAAGCGGUCAUACUACAUAUUACAAUGGUUGUAAUAAUUGCAAUAAUAGAAACCAAGAUCCUCAUUCAGGCCCUCCAAUUUAUCAAUUCUACAAUACUAUUUUGGAAGGAGAUUUAGAUCUUGGUGACUUUGUUAAUUUGCAGCAACUAUAUAUCUACGGUGUUCAGAACCAGAAUCAAGAUUUAAAUUUAAAGAUCGAUAAAUGUAAUAGUCUAACUCGACUAGAAAUUCAUAAUACUCAGUCAGUUAAUAUUAUUCGAAAAACUCAAGACCUUAGUUUUGAUCUUUUAAUAGAUACUCAACAAGAAGUUUUACAAAAUGACGGCACAUUUUCCCGAAAACAACUAGAGAAAGUUAAAAAUAAAUUGUCUAAUGUGCUUACUAUUGAGGGAAUUCAGGAGUUAUUACGUAAAAAGGUGGAAAUUAAUGAUUUGGAAGUUCAAUUAAAUAAUCUUAAAAUUCGAAGAAAAUACAGUAUUUUUUAG